AUGAAACGUAAGAGUUGUGCAUUUUUUUUUUUAAGCUUUGAGCUGCUUAAUAAAGCCAUACAUGGCAGUGUGUUAAGAGCGGGAAGAAGGGUCAGAACGCGUUUUACACCUUCAUCACUCAACUUUCUAGGAUCUGAGCUGUGUGUUUCCACCGACGCUCUUCCUUUUCCUCCUUCGUUUGUUUCAGCUAGCAAUUAUGGUUCCACCCAUCGAAACUCAAGUCAAGGUUCCAGUGUCCCAGAAGUUCUCCAUUCCACCUCUUAAUGAAAGAAUACUCUCUUCUAUGACACGGAGAUCAGUUGCAGCUCAUCCUUGGCAUGAUCUCGAGAUAGGACCUGAAGCUCCACAGAUUUUUAAUGUGGUGAUUGAGAUCAGUAAGGGGAGCAAGGUGAAGUAUGAACUUGACAAAAAAACUGGACUGAUCAAGGUUGAUCGUGUUCUUUACUCAUCAGUUGUAUACCCCCAUAACUAUGGGUUCAUCCCUCGUACUCUCUGUGAGGACAGUGACCCUCUGGAUGUCUUAGUCAUCAUGCAGGAACCUAUUCUUCCAGGUUGCUUUCUUAGGGCUAAAGCAAUUGGUCUUAUGCCCAUGAUUGAUCAGGGAGAAAAGGAUGACAAGAUAAUUGCUGUCUGUGCCGAUGAUCCUGAAUAUAAGCACUAUACUGAUAUCAAUGAGCUGCCACCCCAUCGUUUGGCUGAGAUCCGUCGCUUCUUUGAGGAUUACAAGAAAAAUGAGAACAAGGAAGUUGCUGUUAAUGACUUUCUUCCUUCUGCCAAAGCCUUUGAAGCGGUCCAGCAUUCCCAGGAUCUGUAUGCAGACUACAUCGUGGAGAGCCUGAGAAGAUGAUAGUCUUUUCAUCUUCCGCAAGUCGUGAAUGGCGCAGUCAAUAUUACAAUUCUCAUACUAAUAUACAAUAUAAUAGUACUGCUCUAAUAUUUUGUCUACUUGUACUGCAAAGCACAGUUAUACCAUGUUGCAUGUGCAUAUAACAUGCUAUAUAUAUAUAUACAAUAUGCUUGUAUUAUCUACUGUAUGGGAAAUUACUUCCAUACAGUAUAAGAUGAUGACGAAAAGGAAACUUCAUGGUUUCCCCUGGUCAAAUUUUGUAAGUUGUCCGGUUUAUGAAAUGGAUUAUAUACGAAGUUAAGUGUG